UACAAUAAUUCUGUAACAAUUCGAAAUGUCGGCAAAGAAAAGAACUCUUGAUGCUUUCUUCAAGCCUCCUCCCAAAAAGGCACGAGUCAAUGAUACGGAGCCAUCUACAUCUGAAAAUGAUUCUGUAGAAGAAGUACGUGUAGGACCGAAUCAAAGUCAUCAUCAUCAGAGGCUCUAACAGAGCAAACAGAUACAAUACUCUCAUCACCAAACGUAUCCAUUCCCAAUAUCGCAGUUUCCGAAAUCAAUUGAGUCAGAACUGACAUCGCUUCCCUCAACCAUUGGAAGAGCAAUCAACGAUCAAGCCGACCUUGAUCUACUCUACUUCGAACCUUACUUCCCAAAGUAUCUUGAACGUGAAGUCUUCCAGUUUUUACGUUCCAAAUUGCCAUUCUAUAGAGUUGAAUACGAUAUCAACAGAGGUGGUAUCGUGACCAGAAUAAAAACACCUCGGUAUGUUGCCCCCAAAAGGAAGAAAAAGGAUCACACUAACAGGAUUGGUAGAUAUACAACCGUAUUCGGUCUAGAUGAAACAUCCAAAUUCGACGAGUCUGGUGAAGUGGUUGACGCAAAGACCAAAAAGAAGGUAUUAAACAAUAGAAACUAUACCAAAUACCCACCUCGACCAAUUCCCAAAUGUCUGGACGACCUUCGAAUAUCGACAGAAGCAGCCACCGGCUGCACAUUCAAUUUCUGUCUCGUCAAUUACUACGCUUCGGGCUCAGAUAGCAUCUCAUACCAUAGCGACGACGAAAGAUUCCUCGGAAAUCUCCCAGCAAUCGCAUCCUUCUCCCUCGGCGCACGAAGAGAUUUCCUCAUGAAGCAUAAACCAAUCCCACCGAAUGACAACGUGCCACCGCCACCAGAAACAAAACCGAUUAAAUUACCACUGGCUAGUGGAGAUAUGAUUCUCAUGAAAGGGAAAACGCAAGCAAACUGGCUCCAUUCAAUCCCCAAAAGAACAGGAAAAAACGCAGAGGACGGAGGAAGAAUCAACAUUACCUUCCGAAAGGCAAUGGUAAAAGGAGGGACCGAGAACUAUCAUAAUUAUAAUGUUGGGACCGGCCCGGUCUACGUAUGGGAUGAGCAAUCAAGAGAGAUGAAAUUGUUCAAAAAGUAG